AUGGCGGACGACGAACCACGAGUCAAGCGCUCUCGCUUUGACCAAACUGAGCCCGAGCCCCGACGUUCUCGGUUUGACCGACGCUCGCGAUCCCCAUCCAACCGACAGUCAGAGUCCGCUCGCACACGAAGCCCUUUGAGUCGCCCCUUGAGUCACAGCCCUGGCGCAGAGGCUCCGUCCAAACCAGCUGUAUCCGACCCGGCCGCUGCUGCAGCCGCGGCGGCAGCCAAGAUUAAUGCGCAGCUCCAAGCCAAAAAGGGAAUCCAGCAUGUUGAUGUUCCCCCGAUUCGCUCGGUAAACGAAAGCCCUGCCGAGAACAACGAGGAUGCGCCUUCGACCGUUGAAGGUUCGGCCAAGUUGAAUGCCGAGAUCUAUGUCGCAGACGGCGAUUAUAUCAAGGAUAUUGAAAUCAAUGAUCUGCGCAACCGCUACACCCUGACCAAGGGAUCUACUCAAAAGAUGAUUCAGGAUGAGACUGGCGCCGAUGUUACCACCCGAGGCAACUACUAUCCUGACAAGAACAUGGCCACUGCUGCGAGCCCUCCACUCUACCUCCAUGUGACAAGCACAAACAAGGAUGGUCUCGAGAAGGCCGUAUCCAUGAUUAACGAUCUCAUGCAGAAAGAGCUUCCUAACCUUGUUGACGAGCGCCGGUUCCGUCGACGGGAACCGGAGCAGCAAGUUGAGCGUGAUGAGUUUGGCCGUCGCAAAUGGCCGGAUGAGCGAAUUCCCAUUGAUCUCGAACCAGUGCCCGGAUUCAACUUGCGGGCUCAGGUCGUUGGUCAGGGUGGUGCUUACGUGAAGCACAUUCAGCAGCAGACUCGCUGCCGAGUGCAAAUUAAGGGACGCGGUUCCGGCUUCAUCGAGUCGAGCACCAACCAGGAGAGUGACGAAGCAAUGUACCUGCAUGUGGCCGGACCUGAUGCCAAUGAUGUCCAACAAGCUAAGGAGCUCUGUGAGGAUCUUCUCAACAAUGUGAAGGAGCAGUACCAGCGAUUCAAAGAGAACCCACCCCACCACCACUACGGCGGUGGGUACGGCAACCGUGGUGGCGACCGAGGAGAUCGCUACCAAGGCAGUGGAUAUGGUGGUGGUGGUUACAACCGUCAACAGCAACAGAAUAAUGGAUCUACUGCUAGCCCCUCAGGCCAGGCCUCUCCUGGUGGCGCUGCCGCUCAAUCUGCCGCUGACUACAGUGCCCAAUACGCGCAGUACUAUGGUACUUCGGACCCAUAUGCCGCCUAUGGCGGAUAUCAAAACUACGUCGCCUACUAUCAAUACUACCAGCAGAUGGCUGCUGCCCAGCAACAACAGCCCGAGGGCGCGGCUGCUCCUCCUGCCCCGGCUACAGAGGCAGCUCCCCCUCCCCCUCCUGGGUCUGGAUCGCCACCUCCCCCUCCCGGUGGCAGCAGCUACAGUGCGGUCCCCCCGCCACCUGGUCUGUAA